UUUUGGUCAGGAGCAGACGAGAGAGUUGAUUCUUACAAUACUAGAAGCGAGGAUAAAACUAAAAAUUCACUCAGAUUGACUUGAAGAUAAUUUUUCCGCGAAACGGACACGUAGAAAAACAUGUUGGAAGCGAAGAACUUCGUCGCUUUGGCACCCGACAAUGAAACGAAGAUCCUGUUUCAUUUUCUGUGCCUCAAGGACAGCUUUUUCAUCUACAUCAGCACGGUGAGUGAAGUCGGAGGACUCGAAGAUCUGCAUGUAGGGAUGCCACCGAUGAAUGCUAGGCAACAACGCCCAGCCGUAAUACCACCAGUAGAACAAGAAACAUCAAGCGAAGACCAGGUGGAUGUCGACAAUCUUUUAAGCAAAACAACCGCGUCUAAGUUGAGGCUAACAACAGUGGACGAAGACGAGAAAGAAUCUAGAUCUACAUCUACUGGUGGACCAGGAGUAUCUGUAUCAGACGACACUCGUCCAAAUAAGACACGAAGCACUUCUGCAUUGAUGAACGAAGACGUCCUCCCACAACCCGCGUCUUGUCUUCUAGGUUGUGUCGACAGUCUGGGAAGCAGUUUGGCGAGUCAGUUAGCGCAAUUUUUCGGUAUGCCUAUGCACGUCAGUUGUAACAUUGAAGAUCCUCAGCUUUCAUCUUCACAAGGUGACGAAUAUGGACAGUUCUAUCUGUUUUUGCUGUCUCAAUGUCGUGACUUUAUCAAAAAAAGGGUCGCGGAUGCUAAAGACCAGGACGUGGAAGCUAAAGACCAGAAGGCUUCUGACGAGAAGUUGAAUGCUGAAGCUGCUGGUGCGUGAUGUUGCUUUGGCGUGCUCAGAUGACUCCUCUCAUGAGCUGUCAAAAACCUAAACCUUGUCCUCGCAUGAUAGUACUUGUUUGACCUGAAAAGAAAGAACAUGAGCUUCCCACCCGCAUCUUAAAUGUACUCAAACUCCAACCACCGACCCCUUAUUCAUCUGUAUCCUAAUUCUAAAGCUAAUGAACCUAGGCUGGGAAAAAUUUGAAUCUCAAACAAGCGA